AUGGGUGGUACACCGCGCUACCCGUACCCACGCGACGUCUGGUCGCCAGCUGGCGGCUGGUGGCCGCAUCCUCGCGCUUGGCGUAGGAACACUGCAGUGGCAGCGUUCGGCCUCGUUCUUGUUCUGACGCCGAUCUUCAUCUACUCUGAGCGGAUCUCCGAACGGCCUGAGGACGCCGCACGCCAGAUCCCUUGGCGGCCGUGGGUCAAGGUGCGGGCAAACUCCAUGACGUCAGAAACUGAACCCGGGCAGCACUGA